AUGAGCGCCGUUAGCUCCGAGGUGGCACCGGACCGCCGCGCCGUGCCCGACGACUGCACGGCGCUGCUGACCGUCAAGAUCGGCGACGUGUCCCGCACGUCUCGCAAGCACCUGACGCUCGUCACGUUCCCGUUCCUGCUGUCCGAGGGGCUGGACGUCUUCCGCGCCAAGGUGGACUCGUGUACGGACAAGGCGCUCGACAACUUCCGCGGCGAGAAGCAUGUGCGCGAGGACACGGCGCUCUACAUGCGCCCCGGGGCCCACUCCAAGCAGGCGGAGCUGGUGGAGAUCACGCACAGCAACUUCGAGAGCCGCGUGGCCAGGAGCUACAAGAACUACCUCAAGCGCAAGACGGACGAGCCGUUCCAGUGCGAGGUCUACGUGCCGCACGCCGAUGACGGAUACUACCGCACGGUGCGGAUGGUUGUGAACGGAGCCAUUGUGCCUGUGCAGGUUAAUGUGGCGGACAUACUCGCGUGCUUCGCGGUGUUCCAGCAGCAACCGACGAGUGACGAGGUUCUGCGCAGCCACGAGGGUAGCGUCAAUGGAGCUGCAGGUGCGGGGGCGGAUGGCCUGCACGGCUGA